CUUUUCAAGUGUUUUGCUCAUGAAUUUUCCCCACUGUGCUGAACUAUUCAAAGUAAUGAGCAAAACACUUGAAAUUGAUCUUGUUUUGAUUUGAAAUCCAGUUUUGCGACAGCUUCGUCGGAAUUUGCUUCGUUUCCUCAUUUGAAAGUUUUGGAGGUCCGGUGUGUUCGUUUUUCGCAGACCGCUUGAGUUCGCUGCCGCCAUGUUCCAGUCCAGAAAAUUGCCUGCCCGGUUUGUGACCGCGAAGAUGAGCAUCACCAUAAGGCUGUGUCCUCGGGCUCGGGCUCCGUAUGGCCAGCGGAAGGGCUUGGUCUCCCGGGCAGUAGCCAACUUUGAUGAUAAAGUUCCUUUCCGGACCCAUUUGGAAGGAUGCGAAAGAGCUGCAGAUGCCGUACCAGGUAGGCGGUGCCAGUGAUAAACAAGAUUUGGAUGCAUUCAACUCAGGGGCCAUGAUAUGCGUCAUUCGACUGGUGAAGGCACAGUUUGAUUCGAACCACCGCGGUUCUGCAUCAACAAGAAGAUUCCCCAUGGGGCCUCCAUCUCCGCCGGCACCGGUGCUUCACUCACCGACGCUGAGAAACCUCCCAGGAAGCAGUGGUGGCAAACAAACCGAUCCCGACCAGGAAGAAAAAAAUAUUGUGGUUUCGGAAAUAAAUCGAAUUUUCGCGGCGACUUAUCUGACACUACGCUCCGCAAACUGA